AUGGCUACACAGGGAAUGAAGCAGAAUUAUAUAGCUCCCACAGUUCGUAAUGGGGAGAAAAUUAUCGAGCUAUGCAAAGAUGAGGUAGAGGCGGAGACGCUAAGAUGGAAACAUGUUUUAAUCCUCUAUGUGGUGGGAGUUGAGCCAACAAUUCCUGCAAUAGAACGUUACAUAGCGGCGCAGUGGAACUAUAUAGCAAAACCCAAGGCAUUCUACCAUAAUGAUGGUUAUUUUUUGGUAAGAUUUGGUAGUUUUGAGAAUAGGGAUAAAGUGUUAUAUUCAGGCCCUCAUAUGCUAGGGAAUAAGCCGAUCAUAGUUAAGACAUGGGUGUCGGAGUUUGAUCUAGGAAAGGAGAUUAUGCAAACUAUCCCAGUAUGGGUGAAAUUCCCAAACCUCCCGUUGAAUUGCUGGGGCGUACAAUCAUUAAGUAGAAUUAGUAGUGGGUUGGAAAUUCCUCUUUUUGCGGAUGAAUGCAUUACGCAGAUAGAAAGAGUUUCCUAUGCUAGAGUUCUAAUAGAAAUGGAUAUCAUUCAAAAACUGCCAGUAGACAUUAAAGUGGAAGAUCCAAAUGGUAGAGAAUUCACUCAGAAUGUGGUUUAUGAAUGGGUGCCGGUUUAUUGUCCUAAGUGUUUGAUCAUUGGGCACAAAUUUCAUGAGAAAGGGGAAGAACAUAAACAAAAAGAUAAGGCAGUGAAGAGGACGACAGAGUGGCAACUAAAGAGAACUGAGCUACAAGCAGAAUCCAACAACACUCUUGCGAAUAGUGGGCUAGCUGAAGUGAUAAGCUCAAGGCAGGAUAUCAAUCAGUAA